ACAUCAUGACCCCGCCCCUUUACAACAACCCCCAACCUACAAAGUGACUGCUGCUGAGGGUAUUUCAACAGUGUGUGCUGUAACAUCUGAAUUAGAGUCCACUGGAGAUCAAAUACAGAGGUUAAAUUCACAGUUACUCGACGGUGAGGGUGUAUUCGCUCCCCUGACUCUCCUGGUUCAGCCGUAGUUGUCUGUUUAAGUUGAGAGGAGCGUGUGGUGUGACAUUCACGUUAAUUCAUUCAUCCACAACAACAAUGGCAGCACAGGAUUUUAAUUUUCUGCUCGCAACGGAUUCCUACAAGAUCACACACUACAAACAGUACCCUCCGAAUAUCAGCAAAAUCUACUCCUACUUCGAAUGCAGACGCAAGAAAGGCUCCCAGUUCAAUGAAGUGGUGUUCUUCGGUCUGCAGUACCUGAUGAAGAAGUAUCUCACAGGCCAGGUGGUCACAGAGGAGAAGAUUCAGGAGGCCAAGCUCUUCUACCAGAUGCAUUUCAAACAGUCCGUGUUCGAUGAAGAGGGCUGGAGGAAAGUCCUGGAGAUUCAUGAUGGCCGUCUACCCGUCCGGAUCAAAGCCAUCCCCGAGGGAAGGAUCAUACCGAGAGGAAACGUGCUCUUCACUGUGGAAAACACUGAUCCCAACUUCUACUGGCUCACCAACUACAUCGAGACGAUGCUGGUCCAGAUGUGGUAUCCCAUUACCGUAGCCACCAUAUCCAGGGAGUUCAAGAAGAUCCUAGCCAAGCACCUGAAGGCCACGUCAGGGAGCCUGGAGGGCCUGGACCUGAAGCUGCACGACUUCGGCUACAGAGGCGUCUCCUCACAGGAGUCUGCAGCUUUAGGUGGAGCGGCUCACCUGGUUAAUUUCUGCAGCACAGACACGGUGGCCGGGCUGCUGAUGGCUCAGCGGUACUACAACUGUCCGAUGGCCGGCUUCUCCAUCCCGGCAGCAGAGCACAGUACCAUCAUCUCCUGGGGACGGAACCGGGAGAAGGAGGCGUUCGAGCGAGUCCUGGACCAGUUCACCUCAGGACCGGUGUCGGUGGUCAGCGACAGCUACGACAUCUUCAACGCCUGCAAGCACAUCUGGGGGAACAAGCUGAAGGAGCGAGUCAUGGAGCGCAGCCAGGACUCAUAUCUGGUCAUCAGACCGGACUCUGGAGACCCGGCAGAGACUCUUAUUGAGGUCAUCAAGAUUUUGGAGGGUUGUUUUGACUGCUCUCGGAACUCGAUGGGGUACAAGGUGCUGCCGUCUUACCUGCGGAUCAUUCAAGGAGACGGCAUUGACCUCCGAUCGGUAGAUGAGAUCCUUAAGAAGCUGAGUGAUGAAGGUUGGAGUGCGGAGAACGUCUUCUUUGGCUGUGGCAGCGCUCUGCUCCAGAAACUCAACAGAGACACGCUCAGCUGUGCCUUCAAGUGCAGCUACGUGGAGAACAACGGCAAAGGGAUGGACGUGUACAAGCAGCCGGUGACCGACCCAUCCAAGGGGUCAAAGAGAGGUCGGUUAUCACUCAGGAGAAACUCUGAUGGCUUAUUGGAGACGAUAGAGAGAGGCGCUGGCAAACCUGAGGAGGACCUGCUGGUGACCGUGUUUGAGAACGGCAGCCUGGUGAAGGAUUACUCCCUGGAGGAGAUCAGGAAGAAUGCUCGGCUGACGGAUGACGAGUUGAACCCCGUCCUGCACAACCACGACCAGGAGCUGCUGCACAAUCACAUCAUCAAUGGCGUUCAUUAGAAGGAGCACAAAAUGUCUCACAAUGCAAACGAUACGUCAGUGUUUAACACGGGUAACCUGGGACGAGGACUGCAGAGGUUCUUAAAAAGGCAAAGGCAGAGCACUGAACCAGAGUGGAAAACUGUCUCUUAUAGCAGUCUCCACCAAGCACCACCACCCACACAUCAUCCUGAGGAGAUUCAUUCAUCUUCAUUUUUCACUAACACUCAGCCAGCAAACUGUCAUGACCAACUCUAAGGAUCAGGGUCAAAGAUGAUACUCUAGAGAAGGACUUAAAGAGUGUGACACUGCGGUAUUUAUUAAACUACAAUAUGUAAAGACAGCUGCUGAUAUGCUGCAGCCAAAAUUAGAUUUAUUUAUAGUGCCUCAAUUAAAGAAGACAAACAGCAUUUAAGACAACACAUAUAUUAACAGCCACAGACAUGAGUAGAAACAGUGUUAUCAGUUUGAGUAACAGUGUUACAUCAUCAGGUGAGGGUUACAUUUAGUGUUUGAUAAUAUUUCAUUAAAGAAGUGUUGGCUUCAUAAAUCUAGUCCUUAAGUUUGUUCAGUAGAUAAAUUAAACUAUCCCAACGCCGACCAGUCAUGCAUAAUAAAGUUUGUGGUUCAGUUUUAUUACAGUUUGGACUAAAACAUAAAUAUAAAAAUUUAAAGCCAUACCCUGUGCUUCAGUUUUAUACACAGCUUUUAUAAUCUAACAGUAAGCACAGAUGAGAAGCGCUCUGUAUUUGAAGGGUGCUGCCAGGAGUGGACACAGGCCCGUAUUGAUAACACCACACAGCUCGUGUCCACGUCCGAACCUGCUUUUCAUCCGUGCAAGUUAUUAUUAACUUUUGAUAAAGUCAAACAUCACGUACACCUAAACAUAAUUAUGUAAUCACAUUGAGUUACAGAUCUAAUAUACAUAAAUAGAUCAGCACAUAAGCAUUAUAUUACAAAGCAUAUCGCCCACAGCAAUGAUAUAUAUAUUGAGCUCUAACACAGACUUUCUUUUGUUAUCUUCGUUUCCUGUUGAAUCAGUUCUUCCCCAAACUCUGGUGCUUCUAUAUUAAUAUGCAGUAAAGGCACAUUGCACUACACUGCCGUCUGUUUGUGUAUCAUCUGUCAAUUUUAUGCUAAACGAGAGCACAAUGAGUCAGUUAAGAUUCUGUAAUGCAGAAGCGAUGCCAUACAACUCUCUCAUCUGAAGAAGUGACAACGUUUAGGAACACCUCAUGUGCUUUUAGAUAAAUCAGAUGCCUUCUAGGUCAUAAGAUUGAAAUAUUAUAAUUCUAAACACAAUGAUGUGUUGAUAUUCAUUCAAUUAACAAAAUGUUUAACUGCAAUUUAAUGGAUAUUUCAUCAAGAUUUACUUCAAGCUCCUGAGAGGAGAUUUCAGCUGGCUAUGAAAGAAAAAUUGAAUGUUGAUGACCUUCAAAAGCAAACAAGACCUGCGGGGAAAAGAGGAUUAUUUCUUUCUUGUUAGUUUUGAUGCUUGAAUCUGCUGCAGGGAAGAUGAUAGGUGGAGUGAUUAGCAGCAUUCUGCAGAGACCUUUUAAUAAGAGAUAAGAGAUGCUACUUAACCAGAGGGGGCGCCAAAAUUCACACAACCUGAAAGUUCCUCACAGGUGCUUUAAUUUGAUGUAUAUGCACUGCUAGAUUCUAAAUGUGUCGGUGUUAGAUGUUCCAUCUAUAUGUAGAAUAUUACACAUAGAUAGUGGAAACUAAGACGUAGAGUGAAUCAUUUUGUUGAAGGUCAAGUUUGAUCGUCUGAGAAUUUGUGGAUUGAUUUUGUAUCUUUAUGCACAAAUAACUCCUCAACCCGCCUCGUCUACUUCAGCUUGAAGAAUUGAAUUUCCCAGAAUGCCUUUCAACAACCUCUACACCUCUAUUGAGACUGAUGUAGCGCAUGCACAUGGCCAACCUGAUUGCCAACCUUAUACAUAAUGUAUGAUAUUCUGAAAUGUAUCUGUUUUGUUUUGUUCUGGGAUUUCAGCGAUAGAGAAAAUACUGCCGAUUCAACAGCAAUGUGCCAGUUUGUCCAUCACAAUAAAUGCAAAUGAUGACAAAAGUGCUGAUUAAUGCAAACACCAGCCAGUUGUUUUUAGGGUUUGAAUAAAUAAAUAGAUGCCGGCUGCUUUCAGAUUGAUUGUGAGGAGAAUACGUAAAUACUAAGCUUUAUUUUUAUGCAUCAAGCGAAUAACUCCAAAACCACUGCUGCUGUCGUCUGGCUCUUCUUUUAGUUUGUGAAUGUUCUCAUGCUCAUUCUUCUGUUAACACGUCCACCCAAUGUUUGAAAUAUUCAGAAACAAUGUUCACUUUAAACAGCUGAGUGUUCAGCUUCAGCCUGUAUGCUUCAUCAUUGUGUUGAUGAGCAGAUCUCACAGAUUAGGAUUAAAUUGCUGAUGCAGUUUGUCACCAUCAUCUGACCCCACGUGGUCUGUGUUCUGAACAGUCCUGGCAUGAAUCAUGUAUGUAAGUAUAUUUUUGUAAAUAUUAUUUUGGAAAUGAUUUGUUUCUGACUGAUCUGUAUCUUUUAAAUGUUCCAUAGUUUGAUUUUGUUCAUUUUAAAAACAAAUCUUUUGUAAGAUUAAAAAAUACCUUUAACCCUUUCAAA